AUGGCUCGCAUCAAAACGACUCCUGCGCGCCGUGCAGGACCGGACUCGCGGCCGAAGUCGACCGGAGGAUCUGGGGGAGCUGUAGGGGCUGCGCCGAAAUCUCGGAUGGGCAGUUUUCCACCGUCGCACGGGCGGAAGCCUCUUCACCGCCGCUCAUCGGCGCCGUCUUCCCCUUCUGACGACGAUUCUCCUGUGUCCUACUCUUCCCGUUCUCCCUCUCCCAGCCGUGGCGCUUCCUCAUCGGCGGCGCAUUCGAGUGGCAUGCGAGGUCCCCAUGCGACAAGCAGACAACAGCCAAGAAGCGUACAUGAUCGGGGAAUGCAGCCGAGAAGACGGGCGCCGCCAGGAGCGCGCGUACUUCGGGAAAUUAAGAGACUUCGGGAGUCGACAGAUCUUUUAAUUCCUAGGAUGCCGUUCUUGAGGCUCGUUCACGAGGUCGCUCAAGACUGUACACCUCCGUAUGCUUCACCAUACAGAUUUACAGCCGAUGCGCUCAUGGCAUUGCAGUGCGCAACUGAGGCGUACCUAACGGGACUAAUGGAGGAUUCCUACCUCUGUGCAAUGCAUGCAAAGCGUGUCACAUUAAUGCCGAAGGAUCUCCAUUUGGCUCAAAGGUUGCGUCAUGCCUUCCCUUGCUGA